UCUUCUUUGCUCGCCCUCCAUCUGCCUCAAUCCUCAAUCAAUAAAGCAAAUUAAGAUCAUCCAUGGCCGGAUUCUCUGAGAAGGAACAAGCUCUGGUCAAAAGCUCGUGGGAAGAUAUCACCAAAAACUUUUCCCAUCACAGUAUUCGUUUCUACACCCUGUUAUUGGAGAUUCUGCCUGCAGCGAAAGAGAUGUUUCCUUUCUUGAAAGAUUCAAAUGACGUUCCCAAAAAUAACCCCCAGCUAGAGGCCCAGGCCAUGAAGGUUUUUAAGUUGACUCUUGAAUCAGCGACUCAACUGCGAGAGAAAGGAGAGGCUGCGAUGGAAGAUGCUGCGUUGAAGCAGUUGAGUUCUGUGCACGUUCAAAAGGGAGUCACUGAUUCCCAUUUUGAGGCGCUUAAAGAGGCACUGCUGAAAACAAUCAAGGAAGCUGCGGGGGCAAAAUGGAACGAGGAACUCAAUGAUGCGUGGGCCAGAGCCUAUGAUGAGCUGGCAGCUAAUAUCAAGAAGGGAAUGGCAAAGGCUUGGUGUUUGAGCUAGCUAGUGAGAUGAAUAUUAAUUGUUGAUGAGGUUUUUAAAUUUAAUUAGUUGAGAAUAAUCUGCUCUUAAGGUUAUUGUGAUGCGACCAUUUUCUUUGAUAGGAUUCCGUGGAAAAAGAAUAGACACGGGUUUUUGAGUUGAGUCUGAUCUCCAGUCAUGUUCAAGCUUAUAUUUUCAUCCCAUAAUAUUGGGCUUUAGCUUUACAAAGUUGUAAUAUGAAA